GUUGUUUACAAGGGAAACAUGCUGGCUGUUAAUCGUUAAACCGACUGACCUUUCUAGUAGUUUCUGAUGUAACAUUCAAGAUUGAUCAACUUCGAAAAGAAUUAUUAUUGUUCCGAUUGCUAUAUAUAUAUGAAUUAUUACUGUAAAAAUGAAUCGACUUACCUGUGCUUUUACCCGAUUUCCGAUAAAAAAGGCAAAUCGUGCUUUAUAUUUUAAAAUGCUAAAACGAUCUUUGGUGUUCUCACCAAAUAACGGAACGGCAAUAGGCAAUGUAUCGAAGCGGAGCCUACCUCACGGCUCUUUACCGCAACAGUAUCAAAAAUGUCUUCUGCGUAGACCAGUUGCGUGCUCAGUUGACAUUCUUAGCUUCAGACUAUUCUGCAGUAAACGUGACCAUGAGGAAAUGGAAGAUGAGGUAGAACCAGAGCCGGUUUCAUUUUCCAGCCAAUUACCUGCUACAGUUGCUAUCCCAGAAGUUUGGCCUCAUUUGCCAGUGAUUGCAGCGAAGCGAAAUCCGGUAUUUCCGAGAUUUAUGAAAAUUUUGGAGAUUACCAACCCAAUGCUAAUUGAUUUGAUCAGAAGGAAGGUAAAACUUAACCAGCCUUACGCAGGAAUCUUCUUAAAAAAAGACGAUGAUAAUCCCAGUGAAGUAGUUAAUGAUCUGUCGGAGAUAUACAACGUAGGAACUUUUGCCCAAAUUCAGGAAAUGCAAGAUCUUGGAGACAAGCUACGUCUCGUAGUUACCGCCCAUCGGCGAAUUAAAAUAGUUGGACAACUAUAUGAAAAUCUUGAUGCCUUUCAGGACGAUAAACAACUUACAAUAAAAUAUCCGUUAUUUAAAACGCAAAUUCAUGUAACAGUGGAGGAAAGCGAUGCAGAGAAACGACGACGAAAACACAAAAAUCGGAACAAAAGCACAAGGAACGCUAAUAACGAUAGUACUACAGAUGGGCAACCGAUUGCAGAAUUACCGAAAGGUCGUUUACUGAAAGCAGGUGAACAACAACCUGUUUUUAUGGUAGAAGUUGAAAACAUUAAACAUGAUGCUUUUAAGCAUACGGAUGAAGUUAAGGCCCUUACCCAGGAAGUAAUCAAAACAAUUCGGGAUAUUAUAACAAUGAAUCCCCUUUAUAGGGAGAGCUUACAGCAAAUGUUACAUCAAAACCAGCGUGUUGUUGAUAAUCCAGUAUAUUUGUGUGAUCUUGGCGCAUCUUUAUCUGCUGCAGACCCACCAGAGCUACAGGAAAUUUUAGAAGAAAUGAAUAUCCCUAAACGACUAAUGCUGUCGCUGUCUCUAUUGAAGAAGGAACUAGAGCUGUCAAAGUUACAAGCCAAAAUAGGCCGCGAAGUGGAAGAAAAGGUUAAGCAGCAACAUCGCAAGUAUAUUUUACAGGAGCAACUUAAAGUAAUCAAAAAAGAAUUAGGCAUUGAAAAGGAAGACAAAGAUGCUAUUGGUGAAAAAUAUCGGGAGCGAAUCAAAAAUAAACUCGUCCCAAAAGCUGUUGCUGAUGUUAUUGAAGAAGAGCUAAACAAGUUAAAUUUUUUGGAAAGUCAUAGUUCAGAGUUCAAUGUUACACGCAACUAUCUUGAUUGGUUGACCACUUUACCGUGGGGAGUUACCAGUGAAGAAAAUUUGGAUAUCGAUCGGGCAACUGAAAUCCUUGAUGCUGAUCAUUAUGGUAUGGAGGAUAUCAAGAAGCGAAUUCUUGAAUUUAUUGCCGUCAGCCAAUUAAAGGGAACCACACAAGGGAAAAUAAUCUGUUUUCAUGGGCCACCUGGUGUAGGAAAAACCAGUAUUGCACGAUCAAUUGCAAGAGCUCUAAAUAGAGAAUAUUUUCGAUUUAGUGUCGGUGGUAUGACCGAUGUGGCAGAAAUCAAAGGGCAUCGAAGAACUUACGUAGGUGCAAUGCCGGGUAAACUUAUUCAGUGUUUAAAAAAAACGAAAACCGAAAAUCCGUUGGUUUUAAUUGAUGAAGUUGAUAAAAUUGGCAAAGGUUACCAAGGGGAUCCUAGCUCAGCGCUCCUGGAACUUUUAGAUCCCGAGCAAAAUGCUAAUUUCCUGGAUCAUUACCUCGAUGUAGCAGUAGACUUAUCAAAAGUUUUGUUUAUUUGUACUGCCAAUGUUAUUGAUACAAUACCUGAACCGCUAAGAGACCGCAUGGAAAUGAUCGAUAUGUCAGGUUAUGUCGCCGAGGAAAAAGUGGCAAUUGCCAAACAAUAUUUAAUACCACAGGCGAAAAAAGAUUGUGGUUUGAAAGAUGAACACAUAAGCAUUACCGAUGACGCAUUAAAUAUGCUUAUCCGUAACUAUUGCCGAGAAUCAGGAGUACGCAACCUACAAAAGCAGAUAGAAAAGAUUAUUCGAAAAGUUACGUUUAAGGUUGUUCGGAAAGAGCUUGAAAGAGCGGAAAUAACGGAUAAUAAUGUUGGUGAUUUACUGGGGAAACCAAUUUUCACUCACGAUCGCAUGUACGAAACCACACCUCCUGGUGUUGUCAUGGGUCUUGCUUGGACUGCUAUGGGUGGCUCAGCACUCUACAUUGAAACUGCCAAACGUAAAUUGGUCGAUCCUAUCAAAAAAGAUGGUUUAGGUGAUGGUUCGUUAGAGUUGACAGGGCAUUUAGGUGACGUGAUGAAAGAAUCAGCUCGAAUAGCACUCACAGUCGCGCGAAAUUUUAUAAAGCAAGAGGAUAAAGAAAAUGACUUCCUUGAAUCGAGUCAUAUCCAUCUACACGUCCCCGAAGGAGCUACACCGAAGGAUGGUCCCAGCGCUGGAGUGACAAUAGUAACCGCGUUACUUUCACUAGCGAAGGGAACUGCCAUUCAACAGAAUGUGGCGAUGACAGGAGAAAUUUCUUUGAUGGGUAAAGUACUUCCCGUUGGUGGAAUAAAAGAAAAAACUAUUGCUGCUAAACGUAGUGGUGUGAACUGCAUAAUUCUGCCGGAGGAAAAUAAGAAAGAUUAUACUGAUUUACCCAAAUUUAUAACCGACGGUUUAGAAGUGCACUUUGUCGAUCAUUACUCAGAUGUGUAUUCAAUAGUGUUUCCUAAAGGACGGUGAGUUAUAUUCCUAAGAAAAGUAUGUACUGAAGCGGAGUUAAUUUAAUUUUAUUUACAAUUUAAACUAGUUCUAUGAGCUUAAUUGACUGCAGAUACACAAAUAUAAGUAUUUUUGUUAAAUGAU